AUGGGACACGGAUCCGACAAGUUAUACAUCACUCAUCGCGAACAUGCUGGUGAGUUUGGCGACCAUCAUGCUUCCAGUGCAGGCGCGAAGAAGAAAGCGGGCUCGAAUUUCCAACGGUUACCGUUCGACUGUUGUGCAAUCAGUCUGAAACCCUUUGAGAUGCCGAUGUGUACACCCGAUGGCUCUACAGUUGAUCUGAUCAACAUUAUCCCAUAUAUCAAAAAGUACGCUCGCGAUCCUGUUACCGGUUCUCCCUUGGCUUCUAAGGAUCUCAUCAAGUUGAAUUUCUUUAAGAACGCCGAAGAUAAUUACUACGAUCCCGUCACUUAUAAGGUCUUUAAUGAACAUACACAUAUCGUAGCCAUCAAGACAUCAGGCAACGUGUUUUCAAGAGAGAGUAUCGAUCGAUUGAACAUCAAACCCGGUCAUUGGCACGACUUAGUGACCGAUGAAAAAUUCUCCAGAGCUGAUAUCAUCACACUUCAGGAUCCCCAUAACAUCGAGAAGAAGGAUCUCUCCAGGUUCGAUCAUUUGAAGAAGAACCUCAAGGUACCAAAUGAAGAAAUUGAGGCUAUGAGGAAAGACCCGAUGAGGGGAUUAAAUGUAGCAGCUGCAGGUAGCACCGUCUCAGCCGUAUUGAAAGAACUCGCAAAAGAUAAAGAAACUUCGAAGUCGGCAUCAACAAAUGCCACCCCGACUCAACAGGGUUUAGUUGCCGAAUCAUCAAUAGCUCCAUCCAAAGGACUCACUCCAUACAAUGCCAGUGUCUUCUCAACAGGCAAGGCUGCGGCCAGUUUUACUAGUACCAGUCUCACACCAGCCACCAAGACUGAGGUGGAAAUUAUUGAUGAGGAAGACUUUAUGUUCUCGCACAUCAAAGAGAAAGGAUAUGUGAAAAUUUCUACCAACUUGGGUGACCUCAAUGUGGAGUUAUAUUGUGACAGGGCUCCUCGUACAUGCUACAAUUUUUUCAUGCUGGCUAGAAAAGGUUACUAUGAUAAUACGGAGUUUCAUCGGCUCAUACCGGGUUUCAUGAUUCAGGGAGGCGAUCCCACAGGGACUGGAAAAGGCGGGGAGAGCUAUUGGGGGAAGCCUUUCGGAGAUGAAUUUCAUUUACGAAAUGCCUACAAACACACUAGUCGAGGUAUGCUCAGUAUGGCAAAUCACGGAAAAGAUACGAACGGGUCUCAAUUUUUCAUCACAUUUCGUGAAACACCUCACCUGAACAACAAGCACACGGUUUUCGGACGGGUGGUCGGAGGGGACAGUGUGCUAUCGAAAUUCGAAUCGAUUCCGAUUGAUCAAGUGACCGAUAAACCAUUGAAACUACUGAAGAUCAACACAAUCUUAAUCUUCGAUGAUCCGUUUGAAAAAUAUAAGGAACGAUUGAGCAAACGGUUGCAGAAAGAAAAGAGCGAAGUUGAGGCGGUUGAGGAGAAGCUGAAACGGAAGGAAAUUAGAGAAAAGGAUCGGAUUACUUGGUUUGGAACUACCUUGAGCGAUGCAGCUAAGAAGGAACAAACAGUCGUCGGAAGCUCGACCGGUGGCUCGACCGUUGGGAAAUACUUGAACCAAAAUAACUCGGGCAAGCUUACCGGAACACAGAAACGUCCGGGAGACUUGGUGGCUAUGGGUGAAGAAAUCGGGGUCAAACAAGCCGCUAAGCGUCGGAAAGGAUUCGGCGACCUCUCGGGUUGGUGA